GAAGAAAAAGAUGCAUUGCUUAAACGAACUCAGGAAAUCAUGGAAAAUAAUGAUGCUUAUGAGGUACAACAGCGAAUCAAGAUACAACAGGCAAAGCGAAAACAGAAAAAUGUAUCUGAGAAAUUCAAGAUUGGAAACAAAGUCCUGUUGCACCAAACACAUUUAGAAAAUAACUUUUCAGCAAAAUUAGACGCAAAAUGGAUAGGACCGUACUUUAUCCAUGAAGUUUAUGAGAAAAGUAACUAUAAGCUGCGAACUCUUGAAGGAAAGUUAUUGAAGAAUUCAGUACAUGGGAAUAGGCUUAAGAUGUAUUACGAGGAAACGCUUGAACCAUGGGUCGUCAUUGAAGAGUUUCUUCCGGAGGAAGAAAAUUAA